GGCCCCGGGCGGGCCGAGUUGGAGGCGGUGGCGUUUAUUCUCCUUAAGGGCCUUCGAGAGCACAGCGGGAACCAAGCCUGAGAGGCCGGCCGGCGCCAGCACCUUUCGGCUUCUGGCUGGGCGGCGGCAUCGGCGUUCAGAUUCUAAAUGGCUUCUAAGAAGUUGGGUGCAGAUCUUCAUGGGACUUUCAGUUACCUUGAUGAUGUUCCAUUUAAGAUAGGAGACAAAUUCAAAACACCAGCUAAAGUUGGUCUACCUAUUGGCUUCUCCUUGCCUGAUUGUUUGCAGGUUGUCAGAGAAGUACAGUAUGACUUCUCCUUGGAAAAGAAGACCAUUGAAUGGGCUGAAGAUAUUAAGAAGAUCCAGGAAGCCCAGCGGGAAGCAGAGCGCAGGGCUGAAGAAGCUGAGGCUAAAGUGAAUUCUAAGAGUGGUCCAGAGGGUGACAGCAAAAUGAGCUUCUCCAGGACUCACAGUGCAGCCACGAUGCCGCCCCCCAUUAACCCCAUCCUCGCCAGCUUACAGCACAACAGCAUCCUCACCCCCACUCGCGUCAGCAGCAGUGCCAUGAAACAGAAAGUCCUCAGCCCAACCCACACCAAGGCAGAUUUUAACCCAGCUGACUUUGAGUGUGAAGAAGACCCAUUUGAUAAUCUGGAGUUAAAAACUAUCGACGAGAAGGAGGAGCUGAGAAAUAUUCUGGUAGGAACCACUGGACCCAUUAUGGCUCAGUUAUUGGACAGUAAUUUGCCCAGAGGAAGCUCUGGGUCUAUGUUACAGGACGAGGAGGUCCUGGCGUCUCUGGAACAGGCCACCCUGGAUUUCAAGCCUCUUCACAAACCUAACGGCUUUAUAACCUUACCACAGUUGGGCAACUGUGAAAAGAUGCCGCUGUCUUCCAAAGUGUCCCUGCCCCCUGUCCCUGCAGUAAGCAAUAUUAAAUCCCUGUCCUUUCCCAAACUUGACUCUGAUGACAGCAAUCAGAAGACCACCAAACUGGCAAGCACUUUCCAUAGCACAUCCUGCCUCCGCAGUGGCAAGUCCCGGAGUUCCCCAAAGCCUUCCACCCAAAGCAGUGCCAGUGAGCUCAAUGGGCAUCACACUCUUGGCCUUUCAGCUCUGAACUUGGACAGUGGCACAGAGGCGCCGUCUCUGACCCCCUCUGACCUGACUUCCCAGAUGCCUUCCCUCUCUGUCUUGUCUGUGUGCACACAAGAGUCGUCACCUCCAAAUACAGGUUCCACGGUCACACCUAAUUUUUCAACGUCACAAGUGCCCAACACGCCCAGCUGUCCCCAGGCUUAUUCUGAACUACAGACGCUCUCCCCAAGUGAGCGGCAGUGUGUGGAGACAGUGGUCAACAUGGGCUACUCGUAUGAGUGUGUCCUGAGAGCCAUGAAGAAGAAAGGAGAGAGUAUCGAGCAGAUACUCGACUAUCUCUUUGCACACGGACAGCUCUGUGAGAAGGGCUUUGACCCUUUCUUAGUGGAGGAGGCUCUAGAGAUGCACCAGUGUUCAGAGGAAAAGAUGCUGGAAUUUCUUCAGCUAAUGAGCAAAUUUAAGGAAAUGGGCUUUGAACUAAAAGACAUUAAGGAAGUCCUGCUUUUACACAACAACGACCAGGACAAUGCUCUGGAGGACCUCAUGGCUCGGGCAGGAGCCAGCUGAGAUCAAGCCCUGCCUCAGCCCUGCCGUGAACCAGUCCUGCAGGGGCCCCUGCAGACCCCACCUGCAGGCAAAGAGAAUGGGGGCUCACUUCCAGAUUUUCCUUUGGGGGUGGAAAUCAGGUGUGGGGGACUCUGCUCGUCAGUCUCUGAGCCUAGGCCUUGAGCUGGAGAGAACAUGGGGAAGGUUGGGCAUGUAAAUGUUCUCAGAACCGUCCUGGCUUCUUCCAUAUUAAAUGUACUUGUAUUUUGAGAAGUGUCCUCACCAUGGCCCUCCAGAGACAUCCUGAUCUUUUUGGAGUCUGUAUGUCUUCAGCGAAACCGGACCUGGCUGCCAAACAAGUUGGGGAGAAGGGGUGGGAGGGCCAGAUUCAGUGCUGCUGUGGGCUAGAUGCUUCCCUCCCUGUGCUGGUGGACUGAACUCUAACCCAAGUUGAGUGCAAUGGAAAAGUUCUUCCAGGGUUUUGUCCCCCCCACCCCCACCCCCUUAACAUAAGUCUUAGUGUUACACUGGUUUUGCAAUGUCUAUGAGGGCCCUAAGGUUGCCUCUUCUGCCAGGCAGUUCACCCCUCUCAUGGCCCAGCCCGUUUCUGUUGGCUUGGUUUAGACAGUUCUCAGCUACCCAGGAAGUUUGAAGUCUUUUGCUUCUGGGAAACACUUGUCAGUGUAAUAAAUCCUGCUCCGCCCCACCCCCCUUGCUCAGAGUGGGGGAGAGACAGGCCACAGUUUAGUUGCCCAGCACUAACACAACCUCAGUUCUCCUUGGAGAACGGCCUCCCUCUAGCACCUGCUCUAGGACAACACAAUAAUUAAUACCUAGUCAUAGAUAGCAGUCUCUUUGGUCUGUUUUGUAUUAUGCUGUACAUCAUUAAAAGAUCUAAAAACAAAGGUUAUACAGUCUUGAUGAAUCUAAAGUAAUUUGCUAACUAUUUUGAUUCUUCAGAGAGAACUACUAAUAAAAAAUCUAAAUGGUAUGCCCUGCUGU